CAUGUCAGUCCCUGGCAGUUGCGGGCUGGGUUCGCUGGCUGGGCAGAGAGGUGGGGAAAGGAGGAGGUUGCUCUGCUCUGGGAAGUGCGGGGAGCUCGCAUUUCUCCCGUGCUCUUGUGACAGCUGUGUGUGGUGUUGGAGCCCUUUCUGAGAGUCUUGAGUGGGGCAAAGUUUAACAUAGAUACUUAACCCCUGCUGUUGGACGUUGCAGUUCCCUGGUUUUCUCUUGUUUUUUACCUUCGCCCCCACCCCUUCUCAUUGUUUUGUCCUUUCUCCUGGCGAUCAGGCCAGUUCAGAGGAGGGUUACCAAGCUGAUGAGGGGGUUGAAGCACCUCUCCUAUGAGGAAAGGCUGAAAUAAUUGGGAUUGUUCAGCCUAGAGAAGACUUUGGGGUGAUUUAAUUGCAGUCUUCCAGUACUUGAAGAGCGUCUACAAGAAAGAUGCUGAGAGACUUCUUACAAGGAUAUGUAGGGUGACCUGCCCAUUGCACGAGGGAAAGGCUGUGGAUGUGACUGCAUGGACUUCAGUAAAGCCUCUGGUGCUGUGUCCCACAGCAUUCUCCUGGAGAAGCACGGCUCACCCAAAGGAACAGGAAGUCAGGGGAGACCUUGUUGCUCUCUACAGCUACAUGAAAGAAGGUUGUUGUGUGUGGAGGGAUUGGCCUCUUCUCCAGGUGUCUUGAUAACUGUUUUGGAGGUUUUGGAGGAGAAAAGAUGAAAAACAUACUUGGCUCAUCAAUCACUGAUGCAUUAAUGUCUUCUCAGUGUCCCCAUGUGAAAGAAAAAAGAACUUUCUGCCUUGACUUCAAGUAGGAUGCAUUUACUCUAAGACUAACAUUAUUUCUUGAACUAGUCUCUCUGUUUCCAGAAAACAAGCACUUUAAGCGUUGCACUAUAACACAAAAGGGCACAUAAGAAGAUUGUCUCUGGAAUCAGGAGCCAAACCUGUUUGGUAUCUGGCAAUGGAAUGGAACCACUUGUGGCUAUUGCCUGUCCCUUUUUCUCAUGUGAGUUUUUGCUGCAGGGAAUUAUUGCCAGUGAAAGAAGAAACUCAGAUACCUUGUAGAGAGCAGGGACUAUUGGCCAGGAUUAUCACAUUAUUUAGCAAUUUAGUGCAUUCCUGCCAUGAAAUCAGGCCUGGAGGAGCUUUUCAGUGCCCUAGAAAAGCAUCUUCUCUUUAACCUCUUUCUUUAAGAAGCAAUAGGGGUUUUUUUCCUGCAGGUGAGACUAUACGAGGAUUGCCAUGAGGGCUCUGUGUCGUACAUUCUUCCACCUAUGGCACAAUCAAGUCACAAGGCAGAGCUCUAUGUCUGAGGAUCAUGGGGUGCCUGGAAUUAAUGUCUUUGCAUCACCUGUGCUCAGGUCAGGUAAUCAUGUGGCACUUGAUACUUUAUCCUGGAAAUUGUCACCCUCUAGCUAGGCUUCUGACUGCAUUUUGCUUGCACAUCUGGACUGACUCAGGUGUUCCUAUAUAGGAUAGCAAUGCAGCUUCCAGUUAAAGAAUUGAGAAGCAAUUACAUUAAAUGUGUCAUUAACAACUGUAUUCGUCAUGUUUUGUAACAAAUUAUGCUGAGACAUUGAAUCCAAAUCACAAGAAGCUGAGGCUUAUCUUUAGCUCGUGCUUCACUCAAAGGAAGCUCACAUUCUCUAAAAGGCAUCUUCCUGUUACUUGGCUAUGGACUUGAUGUCAGGUGGAAGGAAGAGCUCCAGCCAUGUAAGGUGUAUUUGCAUCAGCGUGUUACUAAGCUGGUGAUCCCUGAGCUGCAGAGGGGUCAAAUGGAGGUCAUUAAGGUGGAGGAAAAGAGUCCCUAGAGGUUAGAAAGUUUAUUGCAGUAGAGCAAAGAAAAUGUGUGCCACUCGUAUCUUGUUGUGAGGUCUGUCUUCUUUAUUGUCUUUCUGAAACAAAUCUGUGUGUCAGGCUAUGUGGUCACAUACUUCUUCUAGUAAGUUUAGUGGUACUGAGAAAACUUAAAACUUCUUAAAACUUUAAAACUUAAAGCAUUUCUGAAGAUUCAGAAAUGCUACUUUAGGUUAGAGUUUGAGCUUGUGAUGAUUGUUUGUCAGCUAACUUGCCGUCACUAGCACAAGUAGAACUUCUUAUUUACAACUUGAAAAUAUUUAUAUCACAAAUGUUUAUGACACAGCAGAAUUUUUUCAGGACAGAAAUGUAUGUGUAGCUAGGUGGCCAUAAUUAAAAUUAUAAUCUCAGGAGUUAAAGAAGAAUGAAAAAAUUGAAUUCAGCUGUUGUUAUGAGGCAGAUUCUUUUCUGGCCAAAUGACCAAUUUCAAGGAAUUUCAAGGGAGUUAAGAGGCACAUACUUUUGAUUCUGCAUCAGUUUGUCAGCUCCAUACCUGACCUAGGACUGAACGUUAUCUCUUGACCAUGCAAAUUUUCUGCAUUGAUCUUUCCCACAAUUUCUGAUUUGUUCUUAAUUAUACCAAAGAAGGAAAUAAACUCUGCAUCCUUGCAAAAUUUUCAUGGCUCUUCUGAUUUGGGGUGUUGCAGGGUGUAGCUAAUGCUCUGAAAAGGCUUCGGGAUUCCUGGAUGAAAGGUGUGAUGAAAGAAGUGUAUUGUUAUUGUUUUAGGGGAGGAAUCAUGCUACUGGGUAAGCCUCUGUCACUGAGACUUGCUGGACUUGUUUGUUCUGACUUGCCUAUGACUCCUUUCUUUCUUAAUUCGGGAGAUAAAGCCUCAAGUCUAUGCUGAGAUGCUGCACAGUGUGUUGUGGUGCUCGGGACGGUGGAUCUCCCAGAGAGAAGAGCUUCUUGCUGACUUCUCAGUCGUACACAGAGGCAGUGAUCCAGAUGGACAGAGGAGUAAGGCGCUUGGAGCCAUGGAAGAUCGCAGUCAUUGUUGUGUCAGUGAUAGUAGGCUUAGCCCUCAUCAUUGGCUUGAUUACAUUUCUUUUGUGCCAUGAUCAAGACAGAUAUUACGAUGCAUCUUUCCUAAUCACCAAUGUGGACUAUAAUCCUCAGUAUGAAAGGCAAACUACAGAUGAGUUCAGGAACCUAAGUGAAGAUAUUGAAACCAUGAUAUCUGAAGUAUUCAGGGGGUCCUUUCUAAGUAAAAGAUACCUCAGGUCCCACGUGGUCAGUCUAAACCCAGAUCCUCUUGGAGUGCUUGCAUCUGUUGUUCUGGUAUUUAAAUUUCCCUCUGCUGACAGUGAAGCAGCGACCUGGGGUCAAGUCAACCGUGUGUUACUCAGAAGGCUGAAAGCAAUCUCGACGAACCUGAAUAUUGACCAGUCUACCAUUACACUCACAGAGUUGAACAAGGAAAAGGGAGAUAACCUUUUAAACAACUGCUGUGGAAUACGAAGACAGACAUCAUCCUUCACAGGAGUGGAAAGAAUAACUGGCGGGCAGCAUGCACGGGAGGCAGAAUGGCCAUGGCAGGCGAGCAUUCAGCUCGAUGGGACCCAUCGCUGUGGGGCAUCAAUCAUCAGUAACACCUGGCUGGUGACUGCAGCCCACUGCUUUAGAGGAGUAAGAGAUCCUCGGAGGUGGACUGCCAGCUUUGGAAUUCUGCUGAGACCUCCAAAACAGAAAAAAUUUGUCCGGAGAAUUAUUGUUCACGAGAGAUAUGGUGACCUUGUUGUUGAUCAUGAGUAUGACGUGGCUGUUGUGGAACUUGCCACUCCUAUUGAAUUCACAAGUGAUGUGCACAGUGUCUGCCUUCCUGAAGCAUCUCACGUUUUCCCAGACAACAGUUCCUGUUUUGUCACUGGCUGGGGAGCUUUGGAGAAUGAUGGCAAUAGUGUUAACCAGCUGCGACAAGCAGAAGUGAGAAUUAUAAGUACUGAGAUUUGUAAUAGGAGACAAGUGUACGGUGGAGCGAUAACAGCUGGAAUGCUGUGUGCUGGAUACUUGGAGGGGCAGGUGGAUGCUUGCCAGGGUGACUCUGGUGGGCCACUGGUGCAUGCGAAUUCCAGAGGAAUCUGGUAUCUUGUGGGAAUAGUGAGCUGGGGAGAUGAAUGUGGCAAGCCAAAUAAACCAGGAGUAUACACACGAGUGACUUACUAUCGAAACUGGAUCCACUCCAAAACGGGCAUCUGAGACCUGGAGCAGGUUAAGUUCUGUGGGCUGUGUACAGCUAUUCCCCUGACACAUCCUGCUCUGUGGUCACCCUCUAAGCAGCUGCUGGCUUAGCUUGUGGUCGUGUAUAAAGUACCUGUAAGCUUGGAGCAGUCUGGGACUUGAAAUUGGUUUGGCCUACAGCCAGACAGGAAUGGACUUGAUCCAUUUGUUUGUUCAGGAAGUAGUCUGUCAGAGGGACAACUGCCUUCGUCUAUAUGCAAUAUAUUGACCCUUUUUUCUACAUGGCCACAUGUCUUGGCCCCAGCUUUUAUACCCAAGCAAAGUGUUUGAGCCCAAACAAUCAUCUACCAGCAUCCAAGACAAGCUAUAACUGAAACCUGGCCCAUCCAUUUGCUGUGUGCUCACAAGGCCCAUUCUAUCCAUAGAAAAGCUGCAAUCCAGGCCCUGACUCCAAGGCUGCUCUACUUCUGAAUUCUUGAGCUCUCUCCUGCAUCAUUCCAGGGAGUGCACUAUAAUGAAGAAUGGAAGAUGGCUUAAAGCCAAGUCCUGGUUCCUAAUAUCACAUUGGACUGUUAAGUGAAUAGAGAACUUUUCCUUGCCUGAGAAAGAAAUUAGUGGAAAACACCAGCUUGUGUCUGCCUUCUUUGAACAAGUGAACGUUUGCCUGCUCAUCAUUUCAUAUAAACAGUCUCUACCACAGCAUUUGCAAGGGGAGUGAUUGCUGGACUUAAGACCAAAAACCACCUUAUGUUCAUACCAGUUGUUGUCGUAGAACAAUAUUUGGCUGAAUUAAUUUCCAGUUUUAUCUUUCCAGACUGUAUUAUUUUUCUGAAUAAAAGUCCUUUGCCUUU